AGACAAACAUCACAUACAAAAGUGUCAACCCGCUGCCUGCAGCGCUUCAAUUUCAAUUCAAUGCGCGCCGUGUAACGGUAACCGUCCUGUCGUCGCGAUCAACGGUUAUAUGCAUUUUUGUUGUUGCUGCAUCUGCAACGUUUUUUUUUUUUUUUUGGUUUUUUUGUACUCGUCUUCGUUUUUGCGUUUUUUUUUUUUUGUGUGUUGUAACGGUGCAACCGCAAGACAUUUUUCACGUGCUGUGCGAAAAUUGUUGAUAUUUUUGUUUGGUUCUCGGUUUGCCUAAGUCCGGAUCCUCAGAGCCCAAGGAAGCGACAGGUCGAGCAUGUCGCCAAACCGUUGGAUACUCUUGCUCAUCUUUUACAUAUCCUAUCUAUUGUUCGGCGCCGCCAUCUACUACCACAUCGAGCAUGGCGAGGAGAAGGAGGCACGCCUCGAGGAGCUAAAGGAACGCGUUCAGAUCUACGAAUACUUAAUGGAAGAGCUGUCCGAUAAGAAUGCGAGCACGCAAAACGAAAUUCUCGAACGGAUAACGAGCUACUGCGGCAAACCGGUAACGGAUCAUACUAAGGAUGAAUAUGAAAUACCCUAUACAUGGACAUUCUAUCAUGCCUUCUUCUUUGCCUUCACCGUCUGCUCGACGGUCGGCUAUGGCAACAUAUCGCCGACAACAUUUGCGGGUCGUAUGAUCAUGAUUGCCUAUUCGGUGAUCGGCAUUCCGGUAAAUGGUAUACUCUUUGCCGGACUGGGCGAGUACUUUGGACGUACGUUUGUGGCCAUCUAUAGACGGUACAAGAAGUACAAAAUGUCCACGGACGAUCACUAUGUGCCGCCGCAGCUGGGCCUGAUUACGACAGUGGUUAUAGCGCUUAUUCCGGGCAUAGCCCUGUUUCUGCUGCUGCCGGCCUGGGUGUUUACCUAUUUCGAGGAUUGGCCAUAUUCGAUAUCCUUUUACUACAGCUAUGUGACGACAACGACAAUUGGCUUUGGUGAUUUUGUGCCCACCUUUGGUGCCAGCCAGCCACGCGAAUUUGGCGGCUGGUUUGUGGUCUACCAAAUCUUUGUUAUUGUCUGGUUUAUAUUCUCCUUGGGCUAUCUGGUCAUGAUCAUGACAUUCAUAACCCGAGGCCUGCAGAGCAAGAAACUGGCGCAUCUGGAGCAGCAGCUCUCGUCCAAUCUGAAGGCAACACAGAAUCGCAUCUGGACGGGUGUUACCAAGGACGUGGGCUAUUUGCGACGCCUGCUCAACGAGCUCUAUAUACUGAAAGUAAAGCCCGUUUACACCGACACAGAAUUUGGCUAUACACUACCCCGGUCGGCCUCCUGCCCGGAGCUCAGCAUGUACCGCAUGGAGCCAGCACCGAUACCAAGUCGAAAACGUGCCUAUUCCGUUUGCGCCGUUGUGGCAGCCAGUCAGCAUCCAUCUGUGAUGGUGCACGCCAAUUCCGAUACGGAGCUAAGCAAAUUCGAUCGGGAGAAGACGUUCGAAACGGCCGAAGCAUAUCGCCAGACAACGGAUCUGCUGGCCAAGGUGGUGACAGCAUUGGCCACGGUCCAGCCGCCGCCGGAGGCUGAUGAUGCGGCCACAUAUGGUGGCUAUCACGGCUUCUCCGAUUCGCAAAUCCUGGCCAGCGAAUGGUCCUUCUCGACGCUAAACGAACACACAACGCCGCGUCGUCCGCGCGGACGUGCCAGCUCCGAUUUCAAUAUCGAGCCACCACGGCGUCCGUUGCGUGUGCCGCACAAUCACAACGAAUGGACCUGGAGCGGUGACAAUCAACAGAUUCAGGAGGCCUUCAAUAGUCGCUACAAGAGCCAGCUGAAUGGCGCCGCCGGCGAGUCGCAUGUGGUGCAGCUGGACCCGGAGCCGGAACCGGACAGCGUUGAGGAGCAGCUCAAGAAGAAUAGCAUGGCCGGCGCAGGACGUGUCAAGAAGUUCUCCAUGCCGGAUGGCCUGCGCAAGCUCUUCCAUCGCAAACGACCCUCCCAGGAUAUUGAACGCAAGCUGUCGGUGGUUUCCGUGCCGGAGGGCAUUACGGCGCUGCCGGGCCGCUCGCCGCUGGACAACUACAACAACACGAUCACGGCCAGCGCCAGCCAAUCGUAUUUACGCAACGGUCGCGGUCCGCCGCCGCCAGCAUUCGAAUCGAGCACAAGUCUCGCGUCGAGCACGGGCAAUGGCGGCAUAACCAAUCAGGGCUACCAGCUGGAUGACUCGGAGCAGGCGACAUUCAGCUCCACCGGCGCCUAUCAACGCAAAUCCGCCGCUGCAGCUGGCAAGCGUCGACGCGAAUCGAUUUACACACAAAACCCGGCGCUGGCCGCACGUCGUGGCAGCAUGUUCCCACCGACGGCGGCGGCACUCAACCAGAUGCAGCGACGCGGCUCCGGCUCGGCGGCAAUGGCAGCCGUUGCGGCACGUCGCGGCAGCCUGUUCCCGGCGACGGGCGCCGACAUGAACGGCACAAUGCCACGCCGCUCCAGCAUCUUCUCGGUGACCUCCGACAAGGAUAUGGAUGUACUCGAGCAGACCACCAUUGCGGAUCUGAUACGCGCCUUGGAGGUGGUGCACACCCAUGCGGCGCUGGACGAGCACCAGCACCAGCAGCCGCCGGCGACCGGCGGCAAAUUGAGCAAGAAACAGCGCAAACUGGGCAACGCCGGCCUCGAUCCGCCCCAGCUGCCGCCCAUAUUGUCACUCUUUGCCGGAGAUCAGACGCGCGCCCUGCAGGCGACCGCCGCCAAUCGUUUAUAUGCGCGUCGAUCCACAAUUGUCGGCACCAUGUCGCCGCAGGGCGGCAGCAGCAGCAGCGGCGGCGGCAGCCAAUCCUUGGCCCUGGCCAGUCGUCGUCCAUCGGGCGUUCAGAUAUUGGAGCCGCCGCCCAGCUAUACGGAGCGACCGCUACCGUCUACUGCGGCCAGUUCGACGCCUUUGGGACAGACCAAAUUCCGGCGUCGCUUCAGCGUGCGACCGACCGCGCUGCAGAUACCGCCGGGACAGGCGCCGCCGCCGGGUGUCAGCCUCAACGAGGAGCCCACCCAAAUGUCCAGCUCGCAGACGGCACUGCAGCGUCGCCUGUCGCUGCGUCCCUCGCCGCUGGCGCGUGAACUGUCGCCUGCGGCUGGCCAGGAUGAGGCUGGCGCCGCGCCUGCUCGCCUGAUGCCCUCGGCGCUUAUGCGGCCCAGCACCAGCAGCACACACUCUCCGUUGUCGCGCAUUGUCCAAAUCUCGCAGGCGCAGCGCAAGAGCAGCAUGCCCGAAGGUUUUGCCACACGCAAGCCGAGCACCAAUACCGGAGGCGGCAGCGCAAUUGGCAGCGGAAGCGGAAGCGGUGGUGGAACCGGAACCGGAACCGGAACUGGAACUGCCAGCGAUAAAUAGUUGCCAGCAAGUCUCUCAAGUGUUUUCUAGUUUGUAGAUCAAUUAUUCUUUCCAACAAUUUGCCUAUUUAUAUAUUAACAUUCCAUUAUAUUAUAUUUUCGAUCCGAAAUGUUUUUCUAACUUUAGAUAUUGCCAAGAAUGAGAAAAAAUGAUGUUAGUGUCCACCCAAAAGGUUGCCUAUGUUUACGUUUGUUAUGUACUACUUAUUAUCCCCAUUAAUUGUUAUACUAUUAUUUACAAUAAUUUAUAAAUGUUGCUAUUGUAGAUUAAGAGGUUAUACGAGCGAGCAUGAACAAAAUUCCGUAACAUAACUAAAGAAUAUGCCAAUUAUACAAUUAUCAUAAAUUAUGUACACGAAACCAAUAUCAAAAAAUAUAGAUAAA